GGGGAAGCCGUACAGAGGUUUAAAAGUAAGGGUGUACAGCUCUCGACCUACACACCCUACCGGGAUACUUGGGAUUCCAACACAACCAUGUUCCCUAUCGUGUUGCUGGCCUACGUCGUCGCCGUCAAGGUAUUCAAGAAAACCACCCCUAAUGGAAAGGUUACUGUGUACCUUGGAAAGCGAGACUUCAUCGACCACUUGGACUCUGUAGACCCCAUCGAUGGCGUUGUGGUGGUGGACAACGACUACCUCAAGGGCAGGAAGGUCUACGGUCAGGUUUCCACCACAUACCGAUAUGGACGGGAGGAGGAUGAGGUUAUGGGCGUCAAGUUCAGCAAGGACAUCGUUAUUGCCAAGAGCCAGAUCGUCCCUGAACCCCGCGAGCAGGAGAAGAUGGAGCUGACCCCCGUCCAAGAGAAGCUGUUGAGGAAGUUUGGCCAGAACGCAUUCCCCUUCACGUUCCACUUCCCCGCAUGCUCACCCUCGUCCGUAACACUCCAGCCUGGAGAUGAUGAUGCCGGCAAGCCCCUCGGAGUCGAGUAUUCCAUCAGGACCUACGUCGGCGACAACUCCGAGGACCGCGGCCACAAGAGGUCAUCCGUCACUCUGGCUAUCAAGAAGCUGCAGUUCGCCCCUCCCAGCCGUGGCCGCCGUCUCCCGAGCUCCCUGGUCAGCAAGGGCUUUACCUUCUCCCAGGGCAAACUGAACCUGGAAGUCACCCUGGACCGUGAGAUCUACUACCACGGCGAGAAGGUUGCCGGCAACGUCACCGUCACCAACAACUCCAGGAAGACCGUGAAGAACAUCAAGAUCUUCGUGGUACAGCACUGCGAGGUGACCAUGGUUAAUGCCCAGUUCUCCCGCCACGUCGCCAGCCUGGAGACUCGUGAGGGAUGCCCCAUCACCCCCGGAGCGUCUUUCACCAAGGUCUUCUACCUCGUGCCUCUGGCCAGCAGCAACAAGGACCGCCGCGGCAUCGCUCUUGACGGACAUCUCAAGGACGACGAUGUCAACUUGGCCUCGUCUACGAUGGUCGCGGAGGGAAAGAGCCCUGCUGACGCCAUGGGUAUCGUCAUCUCCUACUCUCUCCGGGUGAAGCUCAACUGCGGCACUCUGGGAGGGGAGCUCGUCACUGACGUUCCCUUCAAGCUCAUGCACCCCGCUCCCGGAACCCAAGAGAUGGAGAAGUCCAAGGCUAUGAAGAAGUCCAAGAGCAUUGAGCGGUCUCGCUACGAGAACUCCCACUACGCUGACGAUGACGAUGACAACAUCGUGUUCGAGGACUUCGCGCGUCUGCGACUGAACGAGCCCGACGAAUAAACUGGACUGCUGACCACAUAAUAAUUCUGCUAUGGGUGUUGUGGAGGUGUCGCUGCAGAUCAAACGUUGCCGAAGAUCAAGGGGUGUAACAAUUGGUUUACUUUUAUUUCAUAUAUAACGUAAAGUAUAACACAGAAAGUGACUUAACUCGUACCUUUUUACUAACCUGUAUAGAUUAAACUUGCACUGCAUGUAACUACCAGGUCGAUUCAGCAAGACGCACGAGUAUAGAAUAUCACAAGUUUAUUCAACACAAAAUUAUCACUGCACGGAUUAUGUUUUAAUCUUUAAUUUGUAUUUAGUAGCUUGCUGGAUCUUAAAUUUAGCAGUUUCUGAGUGAUUUCAUGAUGCCAAAGUAGGUUAACUUAGCAACGCUUCUUUACUUCACUGGCGAUAGAUUGUUAUUUUAGCACUAAAUUUUAACACGAAAUGAAAAUUUGCACGUAAGACUAUCAAAACUUGAUAUGCUUAAGCAAUUCAGUUGGUGCUCUUAAAUAUUUAGAUAUUCAUAUUGACACGAUGGAAUACAACAAAUAGGAUUAAAAUUGCUUAUUUAAUUUUGCACGGUUUUUAUAGAAAGAUAUGUUGCUUCUUAGUGUUACGUUUUGCUGUAGGCUAUUCUUGCAUUGAAACUUAAUUCUUUGUAACUAACCGUAUAAAUAAUUGUUAUAAGCACAUAUCAAAAGUAAUAUAUUUUCCUAAUAAAUUAGUAUGUCAACUGUUUAUAUGUAUCGUAACUAGACUUAAUUCUAUAAUUCUAUUCUAUGUUUAAUUGUCGUUUUCAUGUACAGCUAACCGUAUCUUCAACGCUUUUGUCUGUUUUUUAAUCCUUGUAAAUAAAUUUAAUCGAUGUGCGUGAAACUAAUUUCUAAAUAGCUAUAUUUUUGUCAAAAACAUAUAAAUAAUACACCUUUAAGCGACGAUAUUAAUAUAAGUGAUAGAAAGGUAUGGUAAUACGGAGAGUUGGUUGACUAUACUUGGUCGAGUUAUAAUAAUUCCAUAGGAGAAAAAAUUAUGGAACCAACAACAACACGUAAACCAAUAUGCCAAUCGACCUAUAAACAAACCAGGAGCUACAUAUCAAUUUGUACAUAAGCGUAACCUGAGUUCCUAUUAUUCAUAAAAUAGAAACUUGUGUUUCCAUUCCACUGUUCCCUGCCCAUUGUUCACAGAUCUGUUGUUAUGUUGGUUUAUAUUGUUUCUAUUGUGGGUUGUUAUCAGCUGGAUUAUGUAAUACGGUUAGGUCUAUUGAUAAAGGUUUUGGGAAUGUAUAUUGAUGGAAUCAAAUAAAAGUUUCGAGUAUA